UACAACACACCCACGGCUUGUGCACACACGCACUCUCGCCCUCUUCCUUUCUCUCCGAUGCACACGUUUCGUGCAAGCUACAAAGCAGCUGACCUUACAACAAAGCUGCACACUCCACAGAGGAGAGUGGGGUGAAAGGAGAGGAGAGGUGACAGCUCUUAGUCAGUUAGCAGUGUGUGACUAACUCUCCUGAAAAAAGGUCUGCAUGACAGGAACAGCGGACGGGACAAUAGGGACAAGACAAUAACCACAACACAAAGAGGAAAAAACGCUUCCAACAACCAAGACACUGGAGGAUUGCUGCCGAUACCUGGGCACCUUUGAUCGUGUUUGACACUAAGGGACGUAGUCGAAAGCAAGUGAAGGAAUGAAGUUUACAUUGAAUGACCCAUGGGGACGAGGAGCUGGAGGCUGUACCUUGUGAAAAGCUCAUCUUUGCCCACUUUCUGUAUAUCUCAAAAAAUAUCAGCGGUGCAGUUUUCAUCUUUUUCCAGGACUGUCUGCUGUGACUGCCAUGCCCCUCUUCAGCUGGAUGAAAUGGUCCCAUGAAACAAGAGUGCAGACUCAGGAUGAAGCGCCACCUCUCAAGUCCUAGGGGGUCAUACCCAGUCGCAUGUUAAUCAGAGAACUGCUGUGGCAUGUCGAGGAACGUGAGCGGCUGGCGAGGGAGCUAGAACAGGAGCACAGGCUGACCCACAGCCCCCCGGGUCUCCAUUGGUUUCAGAAGUACCCCAGGUUACGGACCCUCAUCCCAACAUCAGAGCUACACCAGCUGGAGUUUCUGUGUGCCCAGAUCCCACCCAUCCACGCAGCCACGGUGCUCUCCAGGUUUCGUGAGGUGCUUGCCACAAACAACAUAAGGCCCUGGGAGCUGGCGUCUGUCUUCAAGCAGGUGCUGAGAGACUUCUUGAGCCAAAAGGAGUAUGAGGAAGACGACUACCUCUCAGUGCAGCCAGCACAGAUCCGACCAAUGGAGGCUUGGACCAGCCGCUACAUAAUGAAGCAAGGCUUUGUCACACCCACUGUCCCCAACUGUGGAGACCACCCAAGGGAGGAGAUCCCAACAAUCUCUGGAUAUGUGGAUCGGGCCAUGCGGCACUCCAAUUCAUUCGCUGGGUCCACUAGGGACUGGGACCUUCCAUAUUACUAUCCAGUUCCUCUCAGGCCUACAGGGACAUACAGCACUACACUUUGAGAAGACAUACUGCUGCGGAUAAACAGUUAUAAACAGUCUCCACUUCAUGGAGACAAGACGCACAAACCUGACUAGUUGUAUUAGUUGUAAAUAUAUAGUAGCUUGUAACCAAAAAUGUGAAGAUGACAUUAGGAUAGUUGGACAAUGUACUGAACUGUUUAAUUACAAUAACUAGUUUGUCACCUGCUCUUUUUAAACUCUACUUAAUAGACUGAUUUUCUGUAGUCCUGAUUAAAAACCUCAAGUUACAGCUGAAAUACAUGGGGUAUGGACGCGGUGUGUCACGUAGGAAGAGUGGACCACGGUUUCUUACCUGCUACACAGACUCCGUCUCUGCAGUGUGUGGUUGCUGCCAGCUUUACUCUUUAUGUAUUGAGUUUUGCCAAGCAAUAAUGCAGUUGGUUAUGGAGGGUUUGGAAGUGUAUAGACUAUAUUAACUGGUACUGAAUUAAUUAACUGGAUCAUCAUUUUAACAACAGGAUGCAUUGAUUUGACUCAUGUAUUUUAAUGUCAAAUGUAAAAACACACAAGGCUGCUCAGCUGCUUCCCACUGCCUCUGCUACAAUGAGGUAUUCAUUUUUGCCAUUUUUAAACAGACUUAUGCUCUUUUUUUUUCCUCUCUCUCUUUUUUUUUUACACAGUUAGCUUUUACCUGUCAGAAGGCUGUAGAACCACAUCUAGACAAAAAAAUAUUCCAGCUGCACAAAAAUGGAGUUGAGCAGUGCAAUACCCGUACAGGCAAGCGCAGCUUCUGUAUUCAGUUUAGCAGCAUCAGUGAAUUGUGAUGGUUGUGGUCUGCUGCAGGAAUGAUGCAGCUAACAUGUCGCACCACGCCUGUGUCCGAUGUAUUGUGGGCAUUAGACUUCGUACAGUUGGGCAUGUAUUUCAAAUGUAUAUUGUCAGGUGGCAGAAGUGAUGCCAUAAGGGCACAGGGUAUGAAGACAUGCAUGACCUAGACAAAUGGGUCACAGCCUUUGAGGGUUGUGAGUAUUUGAAGCAACAUCUACUUGCGGCUGCUUGGCACAGGCUGAAAAUGUGUAUAACUUUCGAGCUGUUAAACCAAAGAGUGAUGCUCCCCUCUCCAAUUGUGUCAUGGUGGGUUUAGAGCCCAAAAGAGCUAAAACUGUCAAAUA